GUGGGGCCCUGCGUGCGCGGCUGGGCCACAGUCUAGGAGGCGGAAUGGGCAGAGGGGUUUGAAUCCGAAGGGAAAAGGGUCCCGGGCAGCUCCUGGACCGUAUCUGAGGAGCAUUGGCAGUAGCUGGAUUUAAGUGGAGCAGCUGAGACUUGAACCGGUGCCCAUAAUGGAUGCUGACAUCGCACAUGACAGCUUAACCUGUUAUACUGCAACACCAGCCCCCCAAGAUUUGAAUCUUACUGUUGACACUGUAAUCCUAAAUUCAUACUUCAUUUUCUGAGAGAAAUUGAUAUUCUAUCAGCAUGGAGACUACUCAUUUGGAUCUGGGAGCAGCAGAACUGGGGACCGUUUACCUCUCAGGAGUAUUAUAAACAAACUGCACAGCUCCUGUCCCAUUGCCCCCGUCACCUGUCACAGCUCCAGACUUGUCUUACCUAUGGCAUUCCGAAGGCAAGUGAAGAACUUUGUGAAAAAUUACUCAGAUGCGGAAAUCAAGGUCAGGGAAGCGACCUCUAACGACCCCUGGGGUCCCUCUAGCUCUCUGAUGUUGGAUAUCAGCGACUUGACUUUCAACACAGUUUCUCUCUCAGAGAUUAUGAAUAUGCUAUGGCAGAGACUCGGUGACCAUGGGAAGAACUGGCGCCACGUGUACAAAUCACUUAUGCUGAUGGAUUAUCUCAUCAAGAAUGGAUCAGAGAGAGUUAUUCAGCAUUGCAGAGAGGGCUUCUGUAACCUUCAUACGCUGAAAGAUUUCCAGCACGUCGAUGAAGCUGGGAAAGAUCAAGGUUAUUAUAUCCGGGAAAAGUCUAAGCAACUCAUGGCAUUGCUAAUGGAUGAACAGUUGCUGUACAAAGAGAGGGAAGUGGCACGUCGGACUAGACGGCGCACCUGCUGCUCCAUGGCAUUUCCUAAAAAAUUACCUGGUGCAGGUAGCUCACCAACAGCGUGCGCUUCUGCCCCUACGCCGGAGAACCCUGCCUCAGAGAAGAAGCACAAGCGCCCCAAGAUCGCAAGCCUCCGGAGUAAAAAAAACGCUUCCAAGGCAGGGCUGAAACAAGAGCAGUGCCAAGACACUCAGCUGCCUGCUGGGACGGCGUUGUCCCGGGAUUCUCUGCCACUUGUGAUUAGUGCGUGGAAGUCAACAGAGGACCUGAUGGUGUUCUGUGAUGAGGAUCCAAAGCCACUCUUGCCAGCAGUCCCUCCUUCCGUUGUCUCUUCACACGCGCGGUUUUCAGCAGGGGCUGCCGAAGUGUGUAAGCUGCAGGACACAGGUGCUGUGCCUGCUCCCUCGGGGAAAAGUGAAUCCCCACAAGUGGCCGUGACUUUGGGCAGGAGGUCAGACAGUACCGAUACAGCUGCCGGGACAGAAAGCCCCCUGCCAGCGCCUCCAGACGAGCAGGUGGCUGCGGGAAGCCGGGAGGCCCGAGCAGCUCUGCCAGCAUUCUGGUACUCAAGUAAAGAAGAGUUCAUCAGCUCCAACUUAAAGAUCGCAGAGCCAGAGUCUCCCUUCCACAGCCAGGCCUCUGUGGAGACACUCUACGUCUCUCCCUCACUCAAAACCUUUGACCCCGUCAAGGAGAAGGUGAUCAAUAAGGACUGCGAGAGGCCGACGGAGCCCGGGGCUGUUCAGAUGGCGGAUGAAAGCCAGCCCUGCCCCACCGCCGCGGCAGCCACGUCCGAGGGCGCCUCGUCCCGUUCCACGCUGUCCCUGUCGUCGCCGGAGUCCGCCUCUCCGGACAAGUCCGCCCAGCUCCUGCACCCGCUUCUGGCCGGACCUCCAUUCUGGACUCUGCCCCGUGAGCGGCCCUCCUCCGCCUCCCGCAAAGACGGAGCUGCGCCCACCCAGGCCCGCUGCCCCUUCGCUCCCGAGAGCCCUGCGUCUUUGGCCAACGACGAGAAUGGCAACCCCAACCCGGCGGAAGCUCCCCCGGCCAGCUCCGACCCCGCCAAGCAGCAGAGGAGUCGCCUCGCCAGCAGUAACUGGGUCGAGCUGUCCACCCAGAACCUAGACUGCUUCACCUCUCUGUCCUGUUCUAGUUUUCAGACAACCGGGAGCUUGCCUAGGGACCCCGAAGCCAACAGUUCCGUCAAAGUCCUCCUGGGGGAGGUGAGGAACGCCAUCGCCAGGUUACACGAGGACCUGAGCCUGGUGAUCCAGGAGCUGACCGCGGUCAACAGCCACCUGCUGAGCAUGAGCGGGGGCGGGGAGGGCGGGGAGGGCGAGGGCGGCUCCCAGCCGCUCUGACCCCGGGACUCCUGGUUCCACUUCCCAAAGACCUGAUGGGGGUGGGGGAGUCCCGACCCCUGUUACCGUGGGGCGGGGGAGAGGGGACGGUGGAGUGUGCCCCUCUCAGCUCAUUAGCAUCUUUCACAGCAAUG